AAAAGAUGUUUUCCGAGCUGCCCCAGAGGCCCAGCCCACGGUGUCAGUGUCACCUCUGCUAUUUCUUCACCCGUCCGUUCACUUGCGUUCAUCCGGCCUACGUUAAAAUCUCUCCAUCCCGGCGACGACUGGCGACAGCCGCUGCCGGCCUACUCCAGGUCCCCAGGUCUACGUCGGACCCUUCGCCGCGGCGAACACCACCAGAGAUCUGUCACUGAUUUUGCAGUCCUCUUGUCAGAUGGCGAGCACGGGGCGGUCGAUGCUGCUGUCACUGCUCCUCUUCGCAGUGACGCUGUCGCUGCUGGAGAUGUACAGGGCCAAGUUCGCCUCGUCGGAGCUCAUGACCAUUGCCGGUGGAUUCGUCUGCUCCCUCCUAUUCCUGCUACUCCUCACCUUUAUUGGAAACUAUCAAGAAGCUAGUGGAGAUAGAACUGGGUGGGGUGCAGUUGUUGUAGCACAACUUGUAGCUCUUAUUGUAGCCGGCACUGUCCACCGUGUCUGUAUCACAACAUGCUUCCUGUUUUCCGCUGGACUCCUUUACGAGGUUGACAAGCUCUCUGGCAUGAUCCUUGCGAGGAGUGAGUCUAAGGUGAGGCGGCACUAAGCACAGAAGCAGCACAGAGAGAUGAUACAUCGAUAUUUUUAUGUAAGAUGACAUAUUUUGUAUGUCAAACUGGAGUUUUGGUUCGCGCUGGCCAUCAGGCCUUUUCUGCUAGCCAUAUAGGGGCUCUGGAUUCUGGAUACUGGUGCGUUUGCACCGAGGUCACACUCUGAUGUUUGUCUAAUCAAUUGACUAGGUGAUUUACCACCUUUUGCCGGUUUCAUGAUGUCAUUUUCCUUCAGCCA